AUGGAUCAAAAGACCAAGAGUGAGCUGAAGAAAUUAGCAGGCAUAUUGGAUGGUGGACAAUAUUUUUAUAAAAUUAGUGGCGUUCCUCCUAGCAACAAUAAUUCUAGUUCCAAGACUUUAAUUUAUAACGACUAUGAUGAAACUUUGGAAAUCAAGGAAGAAAUUGUCGAAGAGAUACAUGUGAAAAGUGAUCCGCAGAAAUCAACAGAAAGACAGGAUGUUCCGCCAGAUUUUUGUAUAAUUACUCAAAUUUCUCCGGACAAUAAACCUGAUAAUAAGACUUUACUUGAUUACGGCUAUGAUGAAACUUUGGUAAUCAAAGAAAAAAUCAUCGCAGAUCUACAUACGAAGAGUGAUCCGGAGAAAUUAACAGGAAUAUUGGAUGCUGGGAAAUCUUUUUGUACAACUUCUCACACAUCUUCGGAUAAUAAGUCUGGUACCAAGACUUUUAUUGAAUACGACAAUGACGAAACUUUGGAAAUCAAGGAAGAAAGCAUCGAAGAUCUAGAGACUACUGAUCAAAAUCAUCAUAAACAGUACAAAUCGAAAUUCUGUACCAUAUAUAUAAAAGAAGAUGAUAUCUGUCCUCCUAAAAACAAAUCGCAAAGUCAAAAGAAGCAGAAAAUUCAAGAUUCAAAAAAGAAACCGGAAAUGAAAUACAAAUGCGAAAAGUGUGCUCGAACCUAUUCACAUAUAAAAAGUUUGGAACAGCAUCAAAAAUACGAUUGCAACGUCACACCACAAUUCGAGUGUAAAUUUUGCAACAAAGUAUUUAAACGAAGAUUUGGCAGACGGGAGCACGUUCGUCUUGUACAUAUUAAAGCGAAUAUACAAACAUCGCAAACGAGGCAUAAUUGCGACAAAUGUUCGCGAAGUUACAAAUGGCUACAUGGAUUAAAUCGACACAAACGUUUAGAACAUGCGGCAGUCAAACCACAAUUUACUUGCGAUUUUUGUGGUAAAACAGCGAAAGAAAAAGCUGUUUUGUUAAGACAUAUAUCUUCUCAUCAUCUUAAGCAAUAAAAUAUAUUGAACUUUGCAAGUUAAAGACAACUAAUAAUUGAUAAACAUCUCAAUAAAUAAUAAUUAUUAUUGAUACGACUAGUCUUAGGCAAUUUCUCAUUGUAAUUUAACCCUCAGGGUACGCACUGGGUUAGCCAUACCCGAGCUAAUUUUUAAAGUUGGCCUCUGGGAAUAUAUACCCAGUUCGUACGGAACGUGGAAAAAUCCGUUUUUUGUAAAAAUUAAAAAGUACCUCUUUACAAACAUUUUAUGCAGUAGAAUAUACUGGUAUACAUAAUAACAUCAUUUUAAAUUUAUUUUGACAGUAUUAUAUUGAAUAUAAUGCUGCCCCAUAGGAAGACUAGCACAGCUAGCCGUAAAGUGUAUGCCCGUGAGUUCUGAUACUUUUCGUACUUUACCAGAGGGAAUGCAUAUCACAGACGCAUUUGUUGACCAUAAAAUAUCUAAAAAGAAACGCUGCAAUUUGUGUCCCAGUUCACUUGACCAUAUAUCAUUUUACCAGUACUUAUGGUGUGACUAGGCCAUAUGCAAGGAGCAUGUAGGUAACAUAUGCUGCGAGUGCGCAAAUAACUGGUAAUAGUAUUUAGUUUACUGCAUUCAAACAAAAAAUGUAAGCAUUUUCUUUUGUUUGUUUAUGUUAUACUCAUCAAUAUUCUACAUAACAAAUAUUUUUUCCAUUGUAAAAUAUAUUUCUUUUUACGACAUUUAUGAUAAAUUAACUAAAUAAUGUUUUAUCUCUACACCAAAAAACGCUCACUUUCGCAGUUUGAAAAAAUCUAUUUUUUGGAGCGAAUCGAAAAAUAAAUGCGGCCAUUUUAAAGUACAGCUUUUCAGCUUUGGAAACCUACUUAUACAAAUUUUUUAUCUUUUUUUUAAAUGGCAAGCUUUUGAAAAAAGAUUUCAUCAAAUGUAUUUGAAAAUUGUUUAUAUUGUCAAAUAUUACUUUGUUAAAUAAAACAGUGUCACAAGUCUAAUAAAACCAUCGUAUUUCUGAGUAAAUUUCCUGUUAAAUUGAAAAAGAAUGGUUUAAAUUGACGCAUUACAGUCGAAUGUACUGUCCCUCAAAGUUGCCGGGUUAGCUAACCCAUGUCCGUACGGAAUGUAACAUUUUUAUAGUCCGUACCCUGAGGGUUAAAAACCUGUUUGGUGCAUUAGGGUGGACUUUCUGAUGUUCCGGAAAGAUAUAUUUGCUCUGCCUUUAUAUCGAAAUAAAUUACUUUUCUUUCAUGUAGAAUUUUUUGUUAUAAAUUUGGUCUAUUUAAGAAUUUACAGUUAUUUCGAUUUACUAACAAAUGUUCGCAAUGUACACCAGAAAGGCUUGGUGCAUUGAAUUCGUUUUGAUAAUAAAAUUGAAGGACUCUGUGAAACAUUGAAAGGAAUUGUCACUCAAUCCGAAGCAAGUAAUUGUUUGUAAUAAUAAUAAAUGUUUGUUUAAAAAAUAAAGAUUUUCUCGAUGAACAGAAAGGAGGAGAUCUUAAAGUACCAAAAGAACCCGUUUCUCUACCUGCAAUUACGCGAUAGCGUAAAGAUAUUGCGGAGAAAAGAGCUAUUGAAAAAUUAAGCAGGACGCUUUAAGAGAAAGAAAUGCAGUAAAA